GCGGCGGGGGCUGCGGCGGGAGCCCGCUGUCGCCUGCCCGCCGGCCCGGGAGGGGUGCCCGGGGCCGGGAGGCGGUUGGGAGGGCGCUGCCGCCGGGCGACGGGCCGUGGCUCCGGCGGAGAUGAAGGAUCUGGAGGCCGGGGAGAAGAUGAGCAGUGAGGCGCUCUGGCUCUUCAAGCAGCUGAAUGUGCACCUGGAGCAGGAGGGGCGGUUCCAGCCCCGCGAGAAGGGGCUCAGCCUCAUCGAGUGUGCGGCCGAGAAUGAAAAUACUCUGUGCCCAAGACUAAGGAAUGUCAAGGUGGAAGAUCUUUGGAGUCUGACCAAGUUUUUUGGUUUUGCAACUGAAACAUUUGUUUUGGCUGUUAAUAUUCUGGACAGAUUCUUGGCUCUAAUGAAGGUGAAACCAAAGCAUUUAUCUUGCAUUGGAGUCUGUUGUUUUCAACUGGCUGCCCGAGUAGUUGAAGAAGAAUGCAAUAUUCCAUCUGCUCAUGAGAUCAUCCGGAUCAGCCAAUGUAAAUGCACGGUGUCCGACCUGAAACGGAUGGAAAAGAUAAUUUCAGAGAAGCUGCACUUUGAAUUUAAAGCUACUACUGCCUUAACCUUCUUGCACUUGUACCAUGCUAUUGUACUCUGUCAUACCUCAGAAAGGAAAGAAAUACUGAAUCUUGACAAAUUGGAAGCACAGUUAAAAGCUUGCAACUGUCGUCUAGUCUUUUCUAAAGCAAAACCAUCUGUCUUGGCCUUGUGCCUUCUCACUCUAGAAGUUCAGACUUUGAAAUCUGUUGAGCAGUUUGAGAUCCUUCUGCGUGUUCAAAAGCAUUCAAAGAUAAGUGAUAGUGACCUGCUUUACUGGAGAGAACUGGUCUCAAAAUGCCUAGCAGAUUAUUCUUCUCCUGAAUGUUGCAAGCCAGAUCAUAAAAAGCUAGUUUGGAUCGUUUCAAGACGUACUGCCCAGAAUCUACAAAACAGUUACUACAGUGUUCCUGAGUUGCCAACAAUACCGGAGGGUGGAUGUUUCAAUGAAAGCGAGAGUGAAGACUCCUGUGAAGAUAUGAGCAGCGGAGAAGAAAGCCUUAGCAGUUCUCCUCCUAGUGAUCUGGAAGGCACCUUCUUCUUUGACCUCAAACCUAAAAUGAAGUGGCAAACUCUUAACUCUCAGUCUUAGCAUUAAUGCUUAAUAAUUCUAGGUUAGGAAUUUUAAUGCACCAUAAUGUUUUGGCAAUAAUAAAUGAGGAGUUAGUACUCUAUAUACUGUCUUUAUUAAGGCAAGAGUUGCUGUGGUAUAUCCAAAUGCUUAGAAUGCCUACCUUGUGUUGUUCUAACUUUUUUUAAGGAGAAACUUCCAUUCAGGUCCCACUUCAGCAAAAGCUUCUUGUGUAGUUCUGCUGUCAUCGAGGACAAAUGUUGCAGAGUUGUGCACCAUUAUAGUUCUGUUAAUAAGGUCAGAUGCAGUUGUGCACCUGGGGUUCCUCGUGCUCGCCAGCUAAAUGGAAGUCAGCAGUGUCUUGGUAGCAGUGAAGGCUGACAGCAUGCUGGGCUUUAACAAGAGGAAUGCCAGUAGCCUGAGAGGAGUAGGGUUUUCACCCUUUUACUUGGCUUUUUUCAGAUCUAAUCUGGACUACUGUGUCCAGUGUUAGGUCUGCAGUAUGUAAGAGAUCUUGAUCAACUUGAGCAAGUCCAGCAGGGAGCUGCCAAGAGGUUUGGGGCACGUGACCUGUGAGCAGAGCCCUGAGGGACCUGGGUUCGUUCAGUUCGACAGAGAAAGGGCUUUUGGUGGGGGUGAUGGCAGGAGAUUGAAUAGCAGCUGUUGAGUCUCUAAGAAGCUAUUGAGAAGAUGAAUCCAGGCUCUUGACAGAGGUGAACGGUGCAAAUAGGAGAGAUGGUGCUCAUAAAUUGAAAUUUGAGGUUCCCAAGUAAGGGAAGAAAUUUUCUCUGUUGAGCAUAGGAACAGGGCCCCAGAAGGGCUGUGCAGCCUCCAUCCUGGGAGGCUGUCGAUGCUUGAUGUGACAAAGCCCUGAGCAAGCUGAUCUGAACUUAGUAUUGACCCUGCUCUGAGCAGGAGGUUGGACUAGAGACCUCCUAAGGACCCUUCCACCCUGAAGUAUUUUGCAAUGGUCUUGAAUUGGGUGAAUGGAUUGUGUGGGAAUGAUGGGUAUACACAAAAGUACCAUGCUGAAGUGAUGCUUUGCUGUCAAAUGGGCCUUUCUUUAAUACUGGAACUGCUUUUACACUUCAUAUGUGCUGUGCUUCUUUUGGGAAGGAGUGUCUUUGAUCUUGUGUUUUGUACUCCAAGGGCAUUUUUAAAAGCUUAUUUUUUCAUAAGCUUCAGGAAGCUGUUUUAAAGUAGGAAUAUGCCUAGUAAGAGUGUGGUUCUGGUAAGACAAGUGUGUGACAGGGCUUGCUUUCAUAUCUUCUUUAAAUUAAUGCAAACUAGCUUACACUGAAAUUUGCAUUGUAUACUUCAGUGUGUUUAAACUCCUAGUGUUAACUUGUCAGUCCAUACUAUUAGAAUAGGCUUAUUAACAUGACAAAUUUUGGUAAGUCUGUAUUCCUUUAAAUAUUUAACCUUUGUAGUUGAUUUCAGUAUCUUCAUAUUAUUGACUGAGUCAUGAUCAGACUUGUUUGCAUGUUUAUAUAAAGCGGUUAGUGCGGGAGAAGUUGGUAUUAUGCAGUAAUAUCAGGUAAAUGUGAUGUUGAUGAAGUAGUUGAUACGAUCUUUUUUCUGAACUUUUAUUGAAGCACGCAAACUUGAUUAGGAUUGCAUUUUUUCCAUAUUGAGAAUAUGGCUAGGUAGCAAGUGAAGAAAUUUCACUGAGAAUAACUGUGUGAAGUGUGGUGGUGUCAAAGUAGAAAUGAAGGGGCAAACAAGCUGAUGGUUGUUUUGUACUUCUAAGUAUUGUUUAGAAUGAUAUGAGCAGUGCCAUAAGUUCAUAACUGUUAUAUGCUUUCAGUUUUAUAAAAAUACAAAAAGUUUACAAAAAUGUAUAUAAAAAUGUAAAUUAAAAAAAUGUACAGAAAAAAAUUUAAAACAAAAAAUGGGCAUAAAAUACUGUAUUUUUUUACAUUGUACCUUUUUGUAGGUAUGUUGCAUGUAGAUAUUAAUUUAUUAUGUACUCUGUAUGAUAAUACUGUAUAUUUGAAGACUUUUUAUUGCAAGUCUCUGCACCUGGAAGCUCACCUCUGAGGCAGAGUGCCCUUGUUACAGGUAAUGAACCUACUGAGUUUUGUUUCAGUUGAGAAUGAUAAUAAACCAAUUGCUGUAUUUGUUAA